GAAGUAUUAACUAACAAUAUGGAGACACCAAAACAAAACCACAUUAACAAGAAUGAAUUUGAUCAUGUCUACGAGCCAGCGGAAGACAGCUAUCUACUUAUAGAUGCAUUGGAAAAAGAUUUACAAUAUUUAAAAAGCAAGAAUCCAACAUAUUGCUUAGAGGUUGGUUCUGGAAGUGGUAUAGUCAUCACAGCUUUCGGAAUGGCAUUUCCGAAGACAGUAUGUUUUAGUACAGAUAUUAAUCUCAAAGCUUGUUCCAUGUCUAAAAGUACAGCGAGGGAAAAUAAUGUUAUAUUGGAAACUAUUAAUAUGGAUCUAGGAAGUUGUUUUAUUAGCAACAAAUUUGACGUGAUACUUUUUAAUCCACCAUAUGUUGUAACAGAUACUGAAGAAUGUGCCAGUUGUGAUAUAACUGCAAGUUGGGCCGGAGGUGUAAAAGGUCGUGAAGUCACUGACAGAAUGCUCGGUUUAAUACCAAAGAUAAUUGCUAACAAUGGCACCUUUUACCUCUUGUUAAUAGAAGAAAACAUUCCAGAUGAAGUUAUUUCAAUCAUGGCUGAUUAUGGAUUUAGUUCAGAGAUUAUUAUAAGAAGAAGAGUUAGAAAUGAAUGUCAGUUAGUUGUUAAAUUUUUUCAUCAUAAAACAAAAUGGUUGAAAUGCCAAUCUUCUAAAAUGUGAGAGUUUGGAUGGAUGGAUGUUUAGUAGUAUAUACGAAACAUCGCGGUAUAUUUAUCACAGAUGUAGAAUAUAGUCUGAAGGAACAACUGCUAUUUUUUUUUUUUUUUGCAUACGAAGUUGCUGGCGACAAAUAAAAGUUGAAAAUUAAAACAAAUAAAACAGAACACUUUCCAUUACCUGUCCAGUGAUUUUAAAAAUAAUAGAUACAUAAAGAUGGGCAUGGCCAGAGAGAGUCCACUUCAGUUGAAUUGGAAAAUGUAAAAUAGAUUCAAAAACUACUAAGCUCAACUGGCCUAUUCAUAUAGCAUUGAUUAUUUUAUUUACAUAGAUAAAAAAUAUUAAAUGCAAAUUACAUAACUUGGACCACAUGAUGAU